UCAGAUUCACCCAGUGAACAACGAUUACGAAUCCAACAACCUUCAAGAUCUUCAAUCCACUUCUAAAAAUAUCCAAAAACCAAAAUGGCGGCUUUCCUACUGCUGUUACUUCCCGCGCUGGCGAUGGCGCGAAUCCAAGUCGAAGUGAGCGGCGAAUACGACUCCAACAACCCUAAUCUGGGCGUCUACGUAUCUGGGAGCGAGUCUGACGUCAUAUCCGACCAGGAGAGGAACACCUUUGCCCUCAACGACAACAACCUGAAGGACGCAGUCAGAGCAUACUUCGGCCAACGCCCCAACGACGCUUACGUACGCAGCCCUACCCCUUGGGGCGACUUGUACAAGACCUACGGCUGGUCCCAGGUCCUCAGGUCCCUCGUCCCGCGCUCAGGAAGAAUCGUGAAGAUCACUUCAGAACCCCAGAUCAUCAUGAAGCAAAUCUUCGAAAACAACAGCACUAAACCAGCUACAUUUAACGUCGGCAUCUCGCAGUCAGUUCAGAACACCGUCUCCUCGUCUUGGCAGACCGGCCACCAGCUCUCAGUUGGCCAGGAGAUCAAGUACGAAUUCAACCUUGGAAUGAAGUUCAGCGGUACUACGAAAUUCUCAUAUACUUCCUCCUGGGGCCAGAGUACUCAGAAGUCGACCAGUGUGACUAUUGGCGCAACCUCUGCUAUGCAAUUGACGCUGCAACCUGGACAGUCGGUCCUUGCGGAGCUCCACGCGUCAAGAGGCAACAUCCAAGUGGAAAUUGAGUACGAGGCGAACUUAGCUGGUGCGACGGCGGUGAACUACGCUAAUACUUACAAAGGUCACCACUUCUGGGCUUUGGACGUAAGAGCAGUCAUGUCCGCUGGUGGCUUGAAGAACAGCAGGUUGUCCAAGGAGACCAUCAACAUUGGCUUUUACUCCGACGCGCGAGUGAUCGUCCACGACAGGGAAAUCGGCCAGAAACUAAUGGAAGUCCAGUACUAACUUGUAUCGCGAAUUGUAUAGUGUUUUAAUAAAGUUAUUAUUUAUUUCUUUA